AGCGGGGAGAGGGAGAGAUGCAAUGCCCGGGGCUGCUCCCCAAAACCUCGCUGCUCCUGGUGACCCCGCUCGCCAUGUGAUCCCGGCAGGGCUGAGGCUGGCUCCGAAAUGGGAACCUUAGGGCAGAGGCGAGAGAACCCUUUGCAAUGGAAAUCCAGGGUGGAAAAAAAGAAGCUUCCACUCCCCUUACACACGCUGACUAACUGCUGAAACCUGCCCAAGGAUGCAGCACUGCCCCUAAAACAGCACUUGAACUGAAGCAGAUCAGUCAUUGUGCCUCCCAUUCAAAACCUACCCAGAUCACUGAGUUCAGAAUAACGAUGCCUUUGGGACACUUAGCCAAAGGCGCCAGCCUGGAGAACCUCAUUGAAACCUGCCUUCAGUCUUUUGAUUCAGAAGGAAACCUAUGUAAAAACAACCAGCUGCUACAGAUAACACUGACCAUGCACAGAGUUAUCAUCCCUUCUGAGGAUGUGCUCCGAAAACUAAUUGAUCUAUAUCUGGAUGCUUUAGAAAAGAAAUCUUCUGGGCUUUGUGUAAAGAUAUGCUAUUUUGUAAGGUAUUGGAUAACAGAGUUCUGGAUCAUGUUCAAAAUGGAUUCUAGUCUAACACACACCAUGGAGGAAUUUCAGAAAUUGGUGAGAGCUAAUGGUGAGGAGUUACACUGUCGCCUAAUUGACACAACUCAAAUAAAUUCCCGGGAUUGGUCCCGAAAGCUUACACAGCGGAUAAAGCCCAACACCAGUAAGAAAAGGAAAGUCUCACUUCUCUUUGAUCAUCUAGAGCCGGAAGAGCUAUCAGACCACCUCACCUACCUUGAAUUUAAGUCCUUCCGAAGAAUAUCAUUCUCAGAUUACCAGAAUUACAUUGUAAACAGCUGCGUAAAGGAGAAUCCAACAAUGGAAAGGUCCAUUGCUCUUUGUAAUGGUAUCUCCCAGUGGGUACAGCUAAUGGUACUCAGUAGGCCAACACCACAGCUUCGGGCUGAAGUAUUCAUCAAGUUUAUUCAUGUUGCACAGAAGCUCCACCAGUUGCAGAAUUUCAAUACUUUAAUGGCAGUGAUAGGAGGUCUCUGUCACAGCUCUAUCUCCAGACUCAAGGAAACAAGUUCUUAUGUUCCUCAUGAGGUCAACAAGGUGUUUAAUGAAAUGACAGAACUGCUCUCAUCUUAUAGGAACUAUGACAAUUAUCGACGUGCCUACAAUGAGUGCACUAACUUUAAGAUCCCAAUCCUUGGGGUCCACUUGAAGGACCUGAUCUCCCUUUAUGAGGCCAUACCAAAUUACUUAGAGGACCAAAAAAUUAAUGUGCAUAAACUGCAGUCUCUGUAUAACCACAUAAAUGAACUGAUACAACUCCAGGAGAUGGCACCUCCCUUAGAAGCUAAUAAGGAUCUUGUUCAUCUGCUCACGCUGUCACUUGAUCUUUACUACACUGAAGAUGAAAUAUAUGAACUAUCAUAUGCACGAGAGCCAAGAACCAACCGAGCUGCACCUUUGACACCUUCCAAACCACCGGUAGUUGCAGACUGGGCCUCAGGCAUAGCUCCAAAACCUGAUCCAAAGACAAUCAGCAAGCACGUUCAGAGAAUGGUUGAUUCUGUCUUCAAAAAUUAUGACCAUGAUCAGGAUGGAUACAUUUCUCAGGAAGAAUUUGAAAAGAUUGCAGCCAGCUUUCCAUUCUCAUUUUGUGUCAUGGACAAGGACAGGGAAGGUCUGAUUAGCAGGGAUGAAAUAACAGCUUACUUUAUGAGGGCUAGCUCGAUCUAUUCUAAAUUAGGUCUUGGCUUUGCUCACAACUUCCAAGAGACCACUUACCUAAAGCCUACGUUCUGUGACAACUGUGCUGGAUUUCUCUGGGGAGUUAUUAAACAAGGAUAUAGAUGCAAAGACUGUGGAAUGAACUGUCACAAGCAAUGCAAAGACCUGGUUGUAUUUGAGUGCAAGAAAAGAUCCAAAAGCAUGACUGCUGAUAACAGCCCGACCUCAGCCCUCGCUUCUAGCCUCUGCCCUGUAGGAGUCAAAGAGCAAUUCCAUGGGCAGGAGGAAGGACCGUUUACAUUUCCUAAUGGAGAAGUGGCUGAACACAAUGAAGAGAGCAAGGACCGAACAAUUAUGCUUAUGGGCGUCUCGUCCCAAAAAAUCUCAGUGAGAGUGAAGCCAGCUGUUCUUGACAAGAGCACACAGACUGAGCCAACACUGGCAAAUAGCGAUGUACCCAGCAGGCAGAUGGAGAAGGAGCAUGGGAUACCAUCGGAAAAUAUUUAUCUACAGCCUGCAACACCAUCUCCAUGCCCAAGCCCAGUUCUAAGCCGCAAAAAGGCUUAUGUAAAAUGGGAAAACAAAGACUCUAGUCAGAAACGGAAGGACGAGCUUCGCAUCUAUAAACCCUCGUACCAGGAACUGGAGCAGGAAAGAAAUAUUCUAAAGGCAGAAAAUGAAGCUUUAAAGAUUCAGCUUAAACAGGCGCACAAAACAAUUGAAUCUCUCAGUAUUCAACGCAGAAAUCAUGUAUUGGACAAUACACAACACAGAGACUGCGCGUAGCUGACAAGGCAGGAGCUCUCCUCUGGAUGAAAGAGAGGGCUUUUUGAACUGUGACAAAGCUGCUGUAUUCAAGUGAACAGGAAACAAGAGACUGAAAGAUUUUAAACAGAGAUAUAGUCUGUUGAAUCAGCGUAUUUUGCCUGUUCAAUAUACUGCUGAAUGUAUAAAUGUGUUCCUUUCUCUGACAGUUUAAAAUAAUUUAUCUUCUGAACAUGGGAAUUAAUACAUUCUGGAUUCUCUCUCAAGAAGGGUGAUAUAGGUCCUGAAGUUUAUAUUUAUCAUCAAUAAGCAACUUCCAUGUCCAAUAUGGAUGAUGCAUGAUGUGACUCUGCGAGUAGCUACUGUUUCUAUCGAGUCCCCAGUGCCCAUCUACAAGUGUUCCGACAAGGUAUGUAAUUAAGCGGACACUAUCAACUCAAUUUUGGCCCAAAUUCAGGUUUUCUGAAACAUCUGAUAAACAAACAUUUGAUAAAUCUAAGACUUUUGAGCAAUUUUUGAUAAGACAGAAAUUUCAUGGA